CCCCGGAAGUAGCGAGAACGGCCGGGCCAUCCUUUGUUGGGGGCCACAGAGCUAAGACCUCAAAGACAAUUCAGAGGCGUCUUGGGACCUAGGCCCUUCCGGCCACUUGAACGCGCCCUCUCGCUGGUUUUAACCUCCCCAAGAUUGCCGCGACCACGCCCCUUCUGGCGCGACCGUCGCCUUGAGGGCCUGAGCGCGAAGGGCGGCGCUUGAGUCACCCUGACGCCAAUGAUUGACAGCUAGGCCGGCCUUUGCGCGAGGGGGAGGAGGGAGCGGCUCGCGCUGGCCGGUGCCGCUCUGCAGCCUCGUUAGGGCUGGAUGGAUCUUUUCGGGGAUCUUCCGGAGCCAACCCCUCCGGCAGUGGCAGCAGUAGAGAAAGAGGGACAAAAAGGAUCUCUGCUUUUUGAUGAUCUUCCUUCAAUCAGCAACAGUGAUUUGGGAGCAGGAGGCUCUUUGCUAUUUGAUGACCUUCCACCUGCCAGCAGUGGCAACUCAGCGUCUCAUCCCACUGAGCAAGUUUCUCUUCCUGUGAGCUAUGGAAAGGGAGAGAAGAGGAAGUCUACGGAAGGAGAGAAGAAUGGGAGUGAAGAACUUGUGGAAAAGAAAGUUUGUAAAGAUUCUGCAGGUAUUCUUGGUUUGAAGGGUUAUGUAGCAGAGAGGAAAGGUGAGCGAGAAGAGAUGCAAGAUGCCCAUGUUAUUUUGAAUGAUAUCACAGAAGAGUGCAGUCCUUUGUCCUCUCAAAUAACUCGUGUCUCAUAUUUUGCUGUUUUUGAUGGCCAUGGAGGAGUUAAAGCUUCAACAUACGCUGCACAGAAUCUGCAUCAAAACCUAAUCCGAAAAUUUCCUAAAGGAGAGGUACCCAGUGUGGAGAAAGCAAUAAGGAGAUGCAUUUUGGAUACUUUCAAACACACAGAUGAAGAAUUUCUCAAACAGGCUUCCAGCCAGAAACCUGCUUGGAAAGACGGUUCCACGGCAACCUGUGUGCUGGUGAUUGAUAAUACUCUGUACAUUGCCAACCUUGGUGACAGUAGAGCAAUUCUUUGCCGUUACAAUGAAGAGACUCAGAAACACACAGCUUUGAGUCUUAGUAAAGAACAUAACCCAACUCAUUAUGAUGAGCGGAUGAGGAUCCAAAAGGCUGGAGGCAAUGUCAGGGAAGGACGUGUUCUGGGUGUCCUGGAGGUCUCCCGCUCCAUUGGAGAUGGACAAUACAAGCGAUUUGGGGUUAUCUCUGUGCCAGAUGUCAAACGCUGUCAACUUACACACAAUGACAGAUUUAUCCUAUUGGCCUGUGAUGGUCUCUUUAAAGUCUUUUCACCAGAAGAAGCUGUGAACUUCAUCAUGUGUUGUUUAGAGGAUAAAACUAUUCCCACAAGAGAUGCCAAAUCUUCCACUGAUACAAAGUAUGAAGCAGCCUGCAACAGGCUGGCCAACAAAGCAGUGCAGCGAGGAUCAGCAGAUAAUGUCACUGUGAUGGUGGUCCGGAUUGAACAAUGAUGGGACAAAUACGUGCAAGGAAGAUCCGUAACAGCAUGCAGCAAAUUUAAUAGAACACAAUAGUGUGUUUGUGAAAUGUGCGCGUGUGUAGAAUCUUAUGGAUUUCCCCCCAUAUGCUUAUUUGUAAAUAAAAGGGUUUUUUAUAAGCA